AUGAAAAUUAAGAUUAUGUCAUUGAGUUUUUUCAAGGGAACCAUCUUCCUUUCUAUAUCUGUACUUGGCAUUGUAGGGAACAUCUUUAUUUUUUUUAAUUAUAUGCACAUGUUUAAAGGUACCAAGAAGAAAUCUAUACACAUUAUAUUCAUCCACUUAGCUUUUACAAACAUCAUAAUGCUUCUUUUAAAAGUAAUACCAAAGACACUAGCAGCCUUUGGCAUGGAGAACUUCUUAGAGGAUAUAGGCUGUAUGAUUUUUGUUUACCUAGAGAGAGUGACUCGAGGACUUUGCAUCUGCACCAGCAGUCUCCUCACCCUGGUCCAGGCCAUCACCAUCAGCCCCAGAGACUCUGUGUGGAGAAAGCUAAAGCUUCAAUCUGCAUGGCACAUCCUACCCCUGUUGCUGUUCUUUUGGAUAAUAAGUUCCUUGAUAAGCAUGAACUUACUAUAUCACAUAAAAAAUAUCAGCAGUAUGAACACAUCACAAAUUAGUAAACAGGACAACUAUUGCUAUUUUGUACCAGACAACUUAAUGAGGUGGAGUUUUCUUGCCCUCAUGGUCUUGAGGGAUGCUGUGUUUCAGGGUAUCAUGGGUGUGGCCAGUGGCUACAUGGUAUUUCUUCUCCACAAGCACCACCAGCGUGUUCUCUACCUGCAGAACUCCAACUUUCUCUACAAAACAUCUCCUGAGAUGAAAGCUGCUCACAGUGUUCUCCUUCUCAUGCUUUGUUUUCUUUUCUUUUAUUGGACAGAAUGUAUUCUUUCUCUACCUUUCAAUUCCUUCUUAGAGAAUAAUUCCAUGAUGAAAAAUAUUCAAGAAUAUUUCAGGAUUGGUUAUGCAAUUCUCAGUCCUUUUAUGCUGAUUCCCAAAGAUAGCAAUCUCACUGGAUGUUGGCAUUCACAUUAG